AAAAUAAAUGGUCAGAGGGACAAAUCAAACUUAACAAAUCUGACAGACGUUUCAAGGACGACUGCGAAUGAAGUUUAAUGGCGACAACUAGAUCGCUUCAUAAGAGACAAACGAAGCGAUCGAUGAUGAUUCAGUCUCUUCCUGCUUCUCACCGAUUCAUUUCCCGGAAGAGGGUCGCGGUGAUGAUGGUUCCUCUCGCUCUCUUCUCCGGACUCGUUUUCUUAUUCUUUAUGCCAUUCAACAGUUGGGGUCAACAACCAUCUGCCUCGCUGGAUCUUUCCCAUAGGAUCCAUGAAAUUGAAGUGGUUGCUGAGUUUCCUCAUGACCCUGACGCGUUUACUCAGGGUCUUCUCUAUGCGGGAAACGAUACACUCUUCGAAUCGACUGGUUUAUACGGGAAGUCGUCUUUGAGGAAAGUGUCUCUACGAACAGGAAAGGUUGAAGUUCUUGAGAAGAUGAAAGAUUCAUACUUUGGAGAGGGUUUAACACUCCUUGGUGAAAGGCUCUUUCAAGUCGCAUGGUUGACCAACACUGGUUUCACAUAUGACCUUGGCAACUUAAGAAAAGUAAAACCUUUUAGACAUCAUAUGAAAGAUGGUUGGGGACUGGCUACAGAUGGAGAAGUGUUGUUUGGAAGUGAUGGCACUUCUACACUAUACCGGAUGGACCCUCAAACAAUGAAAGUUUCUGAGAAAUUUACGGUCAGAUAUAAUGGCCGUGAGGUACGUUACCUUAACGAACUGGAGUACAUAAACAAAGAAGUUUGGGCAAACGUGUGGCAGUCUGAUUGUAUUGCUAGAAUAUCACCCAAGGACGGAUCACUGCUUGGAUGGAUACUGCUUCCAAAAUUAAGACAAGGAUUGCUGAGAUCUGGACAUGGGGGUAUUGAUGUCUUGAACGGCAUAGCAUGGGACAGCGAGAAGCAACGCCUCUUUGUAACGGGGAAACUAUGGCCAAAGCUGUACCAAAUCAAGCUAAAACCAGCAUCAGCAAAGAGCGGGAAAUAUCUCGAGCGCCAAUGCUUGGUAUGACCACAAAAAAAAAAAAAAACAUGUGGUAUUAGAAUGUAUACUGUUGUAGCGAAAGGUUAAAAGGCUAAUGUACCAGUACCAUGUAUUCAUAACAUUAGCAUUAAGCAGAAGAGUGUAGUAACAUAAGGUCCAUGACCCAAGUUGCAGUGUCGUCUCGUCGAGAUUUGUAUCUUUCUAUAUACUCUCAUAAAGAUUCAUAUUUACAAGCU